UUUACACUUACUGUCUAUCAUUUACACAGAGAUUUCGGAAGUGUUACCUUUCACUGUGAAGAUCUAAACAUAUUUAGACGUACAGGAAAUUUCACAACCAUAUUUAUUUGAACCAGAAUAGACAAAUCAAGUACUCAGGAGUGAUGGAGGAAGCAUCCGCUGCAGCAGCAUGUCUUCAAGCCUCAGAGAGACAGAGAUCUCUUCAAAAUUGGUGGUUUUAGUAGCAAGUGUUGUGAGAUGCCAACAGAAGUGGAGAGCAUAUGUUGUCACGAAUGGAACAUAGCAAUUCCACAACUACAAGAUGACGACAAGGACAUUGACAGUAUCGCAUCACACACCUGCCUGACUGAAGAUCCUGAGUUUUCUCUGCUGUUGAGAUGCAGCGUUUUGCACGUUGUGUUUUGUUUGCCACUUAUAAACUGGAGGCGACGUCCAAUGCCAGAGGGACCCAAUGGCACGCUGUCAAUAGAGCCAUCCGCUGUACUCUGGUAAACUGCACAUGUGAGUGUUUCCAGCCUGGAAAAAUCCACCUCCGGACAUGUGACCAGUGCAAGCAUGGAUGGGUCGCGCAUGCUCUAGACAAGCUGAGCACACAGCAUCUCUACCACCCGACGCAGGUGGAGAUUGUACAGUCCAAUGUGGUGUUUGACAUUAGCAGUCUGAUGCUGUAUGGGACUCAGGCAGUACCUGUGAGGUUAAAGAUCCUGCUGGACCGCCUGUUCAGCGUUCUCAAACAGGAAGAGGUUCUGCACAUCCUCCAUGGCCUGGGCUGGACCCUGAGAGACUAUGUUAGAGGCUACAUACUACAGGAUGCUGCAGGCAAGGUUCUGGACAGAUGGACUAUAAUGUCCCGGGAAGAGGAGAUCAUCACCCUUCAACAGUUUCUGCGCUUUGGUGAAACCAAGUCUAUUGUGGAAUUGAUGGCCAUCCAGGAAAAGGAGGGUCAGGCAGUCACAGUGCCCUCAUCAAAGACUGACUCUGGAAUCAGGACUUUUAUUGAAAGCAACAAUCGCACACACAGUCCUGGCCUUCUGUCGCACCUAGAAAACAACAGCCCCUCUAGCAUUCACCAUUUUGAGAACAUCCCAAACAGUCUGGCCUUCUUGCUGCCCUUCCAGUACAUCAACCCAGUGUCAGCCCCCAUGUUAGGGCUGCCACCAAAUGGACUGACCAUUGAGCAAUCAGGUCUCAGAAUGCAAGAGCCAAAUCUGCCAAAUAAGAGCGAGCCAGUGGAGACCAGUGAAUCUGAAGUGUCCCUCUCACCAUUUCGUAAUGCUCAGAGCCCCAGUCGAGGAACAUUGGGGACUUUAUCUAAUACCAUUGAACCUAAGAUAGAACCCAACAGAGCUUCAACCAUCUCUCCAACACCAUCUUUGCAGCAGUCCCAGCAACCGCAAACACCAACACACCAAUCACAGGGGCAGCAACAACAGCAAUCAAGCACUCUGAACAACCACCAGAUCCAUCACCACUUUGAAAAGAUUGAACAAUCGAAAACCAUUACACACUCUUCUUUCUCUUCCAAAAUGCAUCGCAUGCGUCGUAUGGGUGCUACCUCACGUAAGGGUCGUGUCUGCUGUAACUCCUGUGGCAAGACUUUCUAUGAUAAGGGUACUCUAAAGAUCCACUACAAUGCUGUGCAUCUGAAGAUUAAGCACCGAUGUACUAUCGAAGGUUGCAAUAUGGUCUUUAGUUCAUUAAGGAGUCGUAACCGACAUAGCGCUAAUCCCAAUCCUCGUCUACAUAUGCCAAUGCUAAGGAACAACCGGGACAAGGACCUCAUUCGCUCUAGUUCUGGGACAGCAACACCUGUCAUAUCAAGUGCCAAAAGUGGCUUCAAUCUAACUAGCCCUGGGCGACCACCACUAAGCUUUGCCACCCCUCCUCUUGACCCCAUGAUACAGUCACCCCUGCAGAGCCCUCUGGUUUUCCCUUCCCUGAAGUCUGUGCAGCCAGUGCAACCUGUGCCACCUUUUUAUCGCACACUGCUCUCUCCUGCUGACCUAGUUAGUCCCCCAGUCUCUUUGCCCACCAGUCCAAUUUUACCUACCACAACCAACAGCACAUCUUUGACAGACCAGCAACAGAUGUUAACUGCUAGCUCCCAUAACAUGCAUGUAUCAGAAACAUCAACAUUUUCUCAUUGCCUACUCACAACUCCCAGUACCCAAGAUUCUGUGACUGUCGACCCUAUGCCUAAAAAAAAGCCUCGCAAAUCCAGUAUGCCAGUAAAGAUAGAGAAAGAAAUAACAGAUGUGGCAAAUGAUUAUGAUGACAAAGAUGAUGAUGAUGAUGAUGAUGAUGAAGAUAGUUGUCAUCACCACCACCAUCAGCCAUCCAGCAUCCAUAACAAUGUCAAUAGCAACUGCAACAACAACAGCAGCAGCAGCAGCAGUAGUCAUCACUGUGAGGGUAAUGGACAUCAGUCUCCAUCACAUGAUGAAAUGAGUCCCAGUCUAGCUCUUAGAGGCAUGCUCCAUCCUGACCAAGAAGAGUGCAGUAGGAGUCAUGGCAGCAGAAGUCAUGGCGACCUAUGCUAUAUUGACAGCUUUACCUCCGAGGACCAAGAUCAUGAGCGUGAUUUUGAAAAUGAGUCGGAGACAUCUGAAUCCAAGAUGCUCUACCGUGAUGAGCUGAUGGACAUUGAUGUACAUCAGUCUGCCCAAGAGAAAAACCUUGUCAAGGAACACCAGGGAGCAGAAGAAGGACACCUACAGAAAGAUUUGGAGAAACAAAGCCAUUUCCCACCCUCCAAACACCAGCCUGUUGUCAAAAUCAAAGAGGAGAUCAAUGAUCCUACUUAUGACAUGUUCUGCAUGGGUCAGUAUAGCCUUUACAAUGGGGGUAUGACUGCUGCCGCUGCUGCCAGCAUGGCUGUCUUACAUGAAAGUUUCAUCUCCUCUAUGAGCUAUGGAUCAAGCCCACCAAAAUUCUCUUCUCAGUCCCCUGACGAUGAUCUUUGUUCUAGUCCUGAUCCAAAGAUUUGCUUUGUCUGCAAAAAGAGCUUUAAAAGUUCAUACAGUGUCAAACUGCACUACAAGAAUGUGCACCUAAAAGAGAUGCAUAUGUGUACAGUAGCUGGAUGCAACGCUGCUUUCCCCUCCCGACGGAGCAGAGAUAGACAUAGCUCCAAUAUCAACCUGCAUCGCAAACUACUGACCAAAGAGCUGGAUGACAUGGUCCUGGAUCCAAAGCUUACAACCAUGCCUAAAGAGAUGCGUGCUGAGAUCCUGUCAAUGAUCUAUGCUGACCACCAUCUGGAACUGGAGGGGUUAGAGAAUGCUGGACCACCACGAGACAGAGGAAUGAGACCCCCAGUCGCUAAAGAAUAUUCACGCAGUAAUGGCUAUUUCCAUGGCCCAAGUGUUGACUACAUGGUGCUGGACCUGAGCACCACCUCCAGUGUACAAUCAAGUGGCAGUGUGCAGUCUUCACAGGAGUCUGAUGAGGGCAGUGAUGAGGGCAUCCUGCUGGAUGUCCUGGAGGGUGCUAGUGACAAUGAAGAGUACACCUCUAGUAUUGUGGCUAAGAAACUGGCAAGGGAGGGAAAGGAUACAGAGGACGCCAGGAAGGAAGGAAGAGAAGGAGCCACUGAGGAGGGGCUUCUUCACUGUGACCCUUCAUUCUCACCAUCUGUCUCAGCAUGCAAUGAAGGUAAUGGCACAGGAGGCAUCCUGUGCACCAUCUGCCACAAACUGUACAGUAACAAAGGGACCCUUCGAGUGCACUACAAGACUGUACAUCUGCGUGAAAUGCAUAAAUGCAAAAUACCUGGCUGUAGCAUGAUGUUUUCUUCCGUGAGAAGCAGAAACAGACAUAGUCAGAACCCCAACCUACACAAAAAUGCCCCCUAUACCACAACGAUUGACUAGACCAGACAUCCCUCUGCACCACAUUGCCUCGUUACAAAUACGCCACAUAUUAACACACUCUUUUCCUCAGUAUAUUAAUGUUAUAAAACAGCAUUAUUUCUCCCCAAACGUCUUUUCAAGUAUGAAAAAUUAGAGCAGUAUUUUGACAUUUCUGUUUUUGGAAGCAAAAUACAUCAUAUAUCUCUCCAUCCUUCACACAAACUUCUCCUCAGUCUUUAAUUUAUGACUUUUGCCUGCAGAAAUGAUCACAAGAAAAAAAAGAAAAAAAAAGCAUUUGUAUACUGAUAACUUUUAAAGAAUUCCAUGAAAGAGCAUGUUAAGUCUGGUUUAAAUGUAAAUAUUCAUGUUGUGAGGGGCUAUUUGGUGUAAAACAGUUGUAUUUAUUGUUGAUAUUUUCUCUCUUUUGUUAUUUUUGUUUAAUUAUUUAUUUUAUUUUAAUCUAAUACUUUCAUUUAAAAAAAAGAAGUUAAGCAAGACAAAGUAGCAUCUGCCUAGCUUGAUUCAUCUAUAUUGGCUUUAAGAAUGUUUUACAUUAGAAAAGUAAAAAAGUAAAAAAAAAAAAAAAAAGAAAUGUGACUUGUAACUUGUUUAAUCUACAUUUUAGAUAUACAGAUGGAGCUGGCAUGCUUUUAGCUCUGACACAGUACAUUUUUCUUUUCUUUUCUUAUGUUUCUAGCUUUGGUACAAAAACAAAUAAACAAACAAACAAAACAAAAAAAGUUUUGCACUUUGCAACUAUUUUAUUAUAAUCUAAACUAUUAUUUAUAGUCCAAAUUGAAAGUGAAAUUUUAAGGAUACAGUGCCAAGCGGUAAUUACUGUUCUUUUAAAGGCUGGGACACACCAAUCUGGUGUAUAAGCCGACAGGUUUUGUCACCUCCAUUGGCAGCGUUAUGAAAAACAUUCCCGUAUUAGAAUGAUUGGGAUAGAUCACGUAACAUUUAAACAAACUUCUGUCUGUACUCCCUUCAUUUAAGUGCUUGUUUUCAUUUUCACUUGAAUUCUCGGGCACUGACUCGUUCACUAAACUGAACAUUCAAUCAGAGCUCUCACUUGUGCCGAUGGUCCCAACGGCCCCGAAUGCCGCCAACAUGAGCCCCGAUGAGAGCUGAAGAGUGGAACACACCAAACAAACUAGUCCGGCUGUCACUUGUUGUCAACAGCCAACCAUCGGCUUAGUGUGACCCAGCCUUAACAGACAUGUGCCAGAUCUUGAUAUGAUGGUAGCAAAUCUCGUUUGACAACAUUCAAUCCCAAUUUUCAUCCCAUUUAGUAAGUGUUUCAGGUAUAUUCAUUUGAAUGCAGUAAAUAAUUAUUACUGGCUCUGAUAAUAUGAAAAUGAUCGUGUCAAGAGUAUGACUGUAUGGAUAAAGGCACUGAAUUGGCCAAGAGGUUAAAUAAAAAAAUAUUUCUACUGAAUGUAGUUUAACUUAAAAAUAGUUAGUAAGUGUCCUAUAAUUUAUGUAAAUUUGAUCAGUGUUAUCAUAUAAAAAUACCAUUGACAUUUCAGAGUGCUACACCAGAGGUUCUAAAAUGUGGCCAAAAUCAAAGACAAUGUUCUAAAACCUCAUGAACAGAAUUGACACAUUGAGAAGAUGUUUAGGUAGUUUUUCCUCAGAUGCUUCCGUUCCAGACAGUCAUUUACAGCAUUGUAACAAUUAAACAUUGUAAACAAUGUAAACAUUGACUAGUGUCCACACAAUAUAGCCGCGUUUCCACCGCAGGAACUUUACCCAGGAACUAGGUACUUUGGCCUGGUACUUGGUGUGUUUCCACCGCAGGAACCAGGAACUAAAUAAAGUUCCGGGUAAAAAAAUGCAGCUCAGAAAGUCCCUGCUGGCGAGGUGGUACUUUUUCAAAGUUCCAGAACUUUCGGGGCCGGGACUUUGGCGCUAAACAUGCUGAUUGGUUGAGUUCACGCAGCAUUGGUUGAGUUCAGGCACCAUUUAUUCGGAUCAACAUUUUCAAAAUAUUACUGUUAUUGUGUCAUGAAAUGUAAUUUUAAAAGUAUUUCAAGCAAGUAUGUAGUUGUUUAAAACUCAAAUCUGUUGUUUAUUUAUAAAGACAGCGCCUAUUUAAAAAAGUGUUUCGCCAAUCUCGGAGACGGUGAGCUCCACACGAUCAGCAGGAGCUCAGUGAUCAUCUAUCCGACGAGAAGCAGCCUCACCUCGGAUAGACCUUCUGAUAUGUGCCGCUGGCUCUGAUGUCUCUUUAGUGGUUAAACAUAGAUAAAUUGAAUACAGACCAAAGAAAACCUGUUAGAUUUGCCCCGCAGCUGAAUUAUAUUUUAUAUGUUAAAAUGAAAAUAAAAAAGGCAAGUCUAUAUAGUAUUUUGUUUCAUUGUAAUGGCUGUAUAUAACGUUACACAUAUCCCUGGACUAAGAAUAUUUCUGCAGUUGUUAUUAUGUUUAAAUGAAAACGAAAGGAGGCAGUGGUAUUUUAUAUCCUGUUUCAUUUUAUUGUAAAUAUACUGAGAAGAAAAUUGCAGUAGCCAAAGCGAUCUGAGUUCACGCAGCAUUGGUUGAGUUCAAACACAAUUUAUUCCGAUCAUUUUCAAAUAUUACUGUUAUUGUGUCUUGAAAUGUAAUUUUAAAAGAAUUUUAGGCGAGAAUGUAGUUGUUUAAAACUCAAUCUAUGGUUUAUUUAUAAAGACAGCACCUAUUUAAAAAUGUGUUUCGCCGAUCUCGUAGACGGUGAGCUCCACUCGAUCAGCGGGAGCUCAGUCCUCAUGUAUACGCAGAGAGCAGCUUCACCUCAGCUAGACCUUCUGAAAUGUGCCGCUGGCUCUGAUGUGUCUUUAGUGGUUAAACAUAAAAUAUAAUUCAGCUGCGGGGAAACUUUAACAUGUUUUCUCUGGUCUGUGUUAAAAUGAAAAUAAAAAAGGCAAAUGUAUAUAAUAUUUCGUUUCAUUGUAAUGGCUGCAUUAUACACAUAUGCCUGAACUAAGUACAUUUCUGCAGCUGUUAUUAUGCUUAAAUGAAAACCAAAGGAGGCAGUGGUAUUUGAUAUCCUAUUUCGUUUUAUUGUAAAUAUACAGUAAGGAAAAUUGCAGUAGCCAAGACGAACUGACUGAAGUUAUCAAGUACGCUGCUGUUUAUAGAUUUACCGGACUUGCGUCGUCACGGACAUCACACUCCUGAGACGAAUGCACAAAGUCUGAACUAACUACCAAGGAAGCACUUUCAAAAUUAGCGUACUUUUUUUUUUUUUUUUUAUCAGCGGUACUUUGUAUUGAGAAAUGCGCGCACACCUAUGUCACCAGUCUAUUUGCCUAAUCUUCCCGGUACUUUACACCGCGGUGGAAACGCAGAAAGCAACAGGUCUGGGGGAAAAAAGUUCCUGGUACAAAUGUUCUGGGUAAUUUCGGUGGAAACGCGGCAUAACAUGGUAAAGAAAAAAAAGUCCCUAUUCACUAUUGAAUUUGAAACAGUUGGUGUGUAUGUAGAUAUGACUAUGUAGAUAUGACUAUUUAUUUCUAUUUAUCUGUUUAGAAUAAUUAACUAAAUGCAAAUUAGCUCUUUGAUGUAUGUUGCUUCAAAUAAAUUAAAUUAAUGAUUCAUCCCUGUAAUUAAAAAAUUCAGAAUUAAUUAAACUCUGAAACUAAAUUCAGUUCAAACGGUUUUUAAUGUUGGACAAAGACUAGAUGUAUUUGGUUCCUCCUUUACAUGCUAUAACAGUAGCAGUACUUGUGUUAUGAUGGAAGGCAUGAAGAUUAAGAGAUAUUUCCAAGAGGGAAUAGCAGUGUGUGUCAUUCAAAAUGCUUUGUUGCACAAAACCGGGAGAUAUUUCCAUCGCUGAUCAAGUCAUUACAAUCAGUGAUUUAGUAAAUGUUGCUGAUAAUACUGCAUCAUGGAGACACCCAAGCUCUUCUUCCGGUUUUCCCUUUCAUUUCUUCCUCUGUAUUCUCUUGCUCUGCCACCUUCCAAUCUGCUACCUCUUACCCCCAUCACAACUGUUGCCACAGUGGGGUCCUACAGGGACACUGUCUAAUAGUGUACAGUUAACUUCCCCGGGUGGCACACAACACAGAAAAGGAUUGUCUGCUUUUUCUUUUCUUUUUUUUUUUAAUAAAAGAGUGUCACUUCAGAGAUAUAUUAAUGCUUCAAAAAUGAUGCCCAAACUUUGUAGUUCUUUCACCAAUAACAAGUAAGAUAACAGCUGUUAACAUGUUAACCUCAAAAUAGAAUGCACUUUUAGGACUAAGGCUGGUGCUUUAUUAAAACCUUAAUAAUAAUAAUAAUAAUAAUAAUAAUAAUAAUAAUAAUAAUAAUAAUAAUAAUAAAAAUAAUAUGUAUACAGAUGGGCAAUGUGAUAUCAUAAAGUGAAGGAUAUCAACCUCAUAGCCUCCAUAUUUUUUUUGUCAAAUUAAAGACCUUCUAGAGUAUGGGGUCAGAUUAUAAACUAAAAGUCUAAAACUAAAAGUCUUAAACCAAAACUAAAAAAAAAAUCUAAAUUUGAAACUUGAAGUUCAAGUCCAAAAUUUAUUUGGUAUUUAGGAUUGGGCAUUUUCUAUUUAGGGUUGGUCAUUUGGUCAUUUAGCCAUUUAGUCAAAGACAAAUUCAAAGUCACCUUUAUUUAUAUAGCGCUUUAAACAAAAUACAUUGCGUCAAAGCAACUGAACAACAUUCAUUAGGAAAACAGUGUGUCAAUAAUGCAAAAUAAUAGUUAAAGGCAGUUCAUCAUUUAAAUGUUUACUGGGAGCCAGAGCGCCUGACAUCUUGGCAAAUUUAAAAGUGCUGGCAAAUGCUAAACGUAAAUACAGUAAGAUUGUUAUUCAUGCUGGCGCUAAUGAUGUUCGACUUUGCCAGUCGAAGAUCACUAAAAAUAACUUUAAAGAGGUGUGUGAACUUGCAAGCACGAUGUCAGACACUGUAAUAUGCUCUGGUCCCCUCCCUGCUUACCGUGGUGAUGAGAUGCAUAGCAGAUUGUCAUCACUCAAUGGCUGGAUGUCUAAGUGGUUCCCACAGAAUGACAUAGGUUUCAUAGACAAUUGGACGAGCUUUUGGGGCAGACCUGACCUGUUUAAAAGAGAUGGUCUUCAUCCCUCCCGGGGUGGAGCUGCUCUUCUCUCUAGAAAUAUGGCAAAUAGUCUUAGAGUUCAUACUUGACUAACUGGGGCCCAGGUCAGGAAGCAGACAGACCAGCUAAACCGACCGUCUGCUAGCUGCCUCACAUCACAGAGGUCAGUUAAUUCUCAGCACAUAGAGACUCUUUCACCUAGAUAUCACACUAUAGAGACUGUGUCUGUUCCCUGAACUAGAAAAUACAAAAAAACGUCCAAACCAAGUUAAGGUUAACAAUUUAAUUGAGGUUCAACAAAUAAAAAAACUAAUGCAAUAUGGAUAAACAAAUGAUAAAGCUUGGCUUAUUGAAUAUCAGAUCCAUUUCUAUGAAAACACUUUUUGUAAAUAAUAUGAUAACUGAUCAUAAUAUAGAUGUGCUCUGUUUGAAAGAAACCUGGCUAAAACCUGAUGAUUACAUUAUUUUAAAUGAGUCCACCCCCCAAGAUUACUGUUAUAAACACGAGCCACGUCUAAAAGGCAAAGGGGGAGGAGUUGCUUCAAUUUAUAACGUUUUCAGGAUUUCUCAGAGGGCAGGCUUCAAGUAUAACUCGUUUGAAGUAAUGGUGCUACAUAUAACAUUAUCCAGAGAAACAAAUGUUAAUGAUAAAUCACCUGACUUUAUUAAAGAGUUUGGUGAUUUUACAUCCAAGUUAGUUCUGGCUGCAGAUAAAGAUUUAAUAGUUGGUGAUUUUAAUAUCCAUGUUGAUAAUGAAAAAGAUGCAUUGGGAUCAGUAUUUAUAGACAUUCUGAACUCUAUUGGUGUUAGACAACAUGUUUCAGGACCUACUCAUUGUCGAAAUCAUACUCUAGAUUUAAUACUGUCACAUUGAAUUGAUGUUGAUAGUGUUGAAAUUAUUCAGCCAAGUGAUGAUAUCUCAGAUCAUUAUUUAGUUCUGUGCAAACUUCAUAUAGCCAAAAUUGUAAAUUCUACUUCUUGUUACAAGUAUCGAAGAACCAUCACUUCUACCACAAAAGACUGCUUUUUAAGUUAUCUUCCUGAUGUAUCCAAAUUCCUUAGCAUAUCCAAAACCUCAGAACAACUUGUUAAUGUAAUAGAAACUAUGGACUCUCUCUUUUCUAGCACUUUAAAUACAGUUUCUCCUUUACGCUUAAGGAAGGUUAAGGAAAACAGUUUGACACCAUGGUAUAAUGAGCAUACUCGCACCCUAAAGAGAGCAGCCCGAAAAAUGGAGCGCAGCUGGAGGAAAACAAAACCAGAGGUAUUUCGUAUUGCUUGGCGGGAAAGUAACAUAUCCUACAGAAAAGCAUUAAAAACUGCUAGAUCUGAUUACUUUUCUUCUCUUUUAGAAAAAAACAAACAUAACCACAGGUAUUUAUUCAAUACAGUGGCUAAAUUAACGAAAAAUAAAGCCUCAACAAGUGUUGACAUUUCCCAACACCACAGCAGUAAUGACUUUACGAACUUUACUUCUAAAAUCGAUACUAUUAGAGAUAAAAUUGCAACCAUUCAGCCGUCAGCUACAGUAUCACAUCAGACAGUGCACUAUAGACCCCCUGAGGAACAGUUCCACUCAUUCUCUACUAUAGGAGAGGAAGAAUUGUAUAAACUUGUUAAAUCAUCUAAACCAACAACAUGUAUGUUAGACCCUAUACCAUCUAAGCGGUAUUAAAGAGGUGGCACCUCUUUUUUAUAGGAAAAAGAGGUGCUUCCAGAAGUCAUAGAUCCUCUUCUGACUAUUAUUAAUUCCUCAUUGUCAUUAGGAUAUGUCCCCAAAACCUUCAAACUGGCUUUUAUUAAGCCUCUCAUAAAAAAAAAACACAACUUGACCCCAAAGAACUAGUUAUUAUAGACCAAUCUCGAAUCUCCCUUUUCUGUCCAAGAUACUAGAAAAGGUGGUAUCCUCACAAUUAUAUUCCUUCUUAGAGAAAAAUGGUAUAUGUGAGGAUUUCCAGUCAGGAUUUAGACCGUAUCAUAGUACUGAGACUGCUCUCCUUAGAGUUACAAAUGAUCUGCUCUUAUAAUCUGAUCGUGGGUGUAUCUCUCUAUUAGUUUUAUUGGAUCUUAGUGCUGCGUUUGACACAACUGACCACAGCAUUCUUUUGCAUAGAUUUGAACACUUUGUUGGCAUCAGUGGAAGUGCAUUAGCAUGGUUUAAAUCGUACUUAUAUGACCGCCAUCAGUUCGUAGCAGUGAAUGAAGUUGUAUCAUAUCAAUCUCAAGUGCAGUAUGGAGCACCUCAAGGCUCAGUACUAGGGCCGCUACUCUUCACGCUUUAUAUGUUACCCUUGGGAGAUAUCAUCAGGAAACAUGGUGUUAGCUUUCACUGUUAUGCUGAUGAUACUCAGCUCUAUAUUUCUUCGCGGCCCGGUGAAACACACCAAUUUGAAAAACUAAUGGAAUGCAGACUCGAUAAAAAAAAUUGGAUGACGAGUAAUUUCUUACUGCUAAAUUCAGAAAAAACAGAGGUGUUAAUUAUAGGACCUAAAAACUCUGCUUGUAAUAACCUAAAACACUGUCUAAGACUCGAUGGUUGCUAUGUCAAUUCUUCGUCAUCAGUUAGGAACCUAGGUGUGCUAUUUGAUCGCAAUCUUUCCUUAGAAAGCCAUGUUUCUAGCAUUUGUAAAACUGCAUUUUUCCAUCUCAAAAAUAUAUCUAAAUUAUGGCCUAUGUUACAAAAUGUUACAAAGCUGUCAUUAAGUUGAAGUUAUCACACAGUCCUCGCUCAAGCCGCUCACUCGCUGCAUUUGGUUUCAUUACAGUGUGCUCCUUAUCACUGGGAGCUCCCUCUGCUGUCCAUAAGGUGGCUCUGUGCACCAGCCAUUUCAAACCCAGCCUCCAGUAUUUGGGCCACGCCUCCGAAUUUGCAUACACUCCACAAUCCUCAAUCCUCAAAUGCCCAAUCCUCAAUCUUCAAAUGCCUAAUCCUAAAUCCCCAAAUCCUCAAUCCUAAAUGGCUAAAUGAUUAAAUGCCCAAUCCUGAAUACCAAAUUCCCUAUCCUAAAUCCCCAAAUGCCCAAUCCUAAAUCCUAAAUGGCUAAAUGACCAAAUGCCCAACCCUAAAUAGAAAAUGGCCAAUCCUAAGUAAAAAAAGCCCUAUCCUAAAUACCAAAUACCCAAUCCUUAAUACCAAAUUAAUUUUCGUUUUGGACUUUAAGUUUCAAAUUUAGAUUUUUAGUUUUGGUUUAAGACUUUUAGUUUUAGACUUUUAGUUUAUAAUCCGACCCAAUAAUCCCUCCAUACUAGAGAGACACACAACAUGGACACAAAGAAAAAGCCUCAUAUUUAUAUCUGGCAAAAGAAAGAAAAUUACUUCCAAAUGUGAAUCCCUGAUUACUUACACAUUAUGUUUCUGUUAGCCUUGAUGGAAGUAAUAAUAAUAAUAAUAAUAAUAAUAAUAAUGCAGUCCUUUGAAUAGCCAUGAUAUAUGACAGGGAAAUGGUCGUAAAUAUGGGCUUCAAUAAUUUAAUCAGAUAUGUUUGAGAGCAGGAAGAAAGGAGUGAGGAAGCAAAUUAAAAUAAAACUGAAUUCCUCAGGAUAUUCUGCUAAAAUGAAUUGAUCUUCUUUUGGAGAGUAAACUCCUACUCUUAUACUAUCCCAUCCUGUUUCUAUUUUAGCUUUCCCCUGCAUAAAAAUGACCAGCAUAUUAUUAUCUGACAGCCCAUCAAGAUCUCUGUUAUCCAGAGUCAGUCCUGCACAGAGUUAGGCUUUUACCAUGAAUCCACGGACUUAACGAGUCCGUGAGCCUUAAAUAUUUCAUUGCGGCUCUGAAGACAGGGCCAUUACACAGACUGUAGUAUUAAAGAAUGUAGUAUCUUGCAAAGGUGAUCUUUAAGUUUUCUGUGUUAACACUGUUUCUUUGAAGUCACAGAGUGAUAAAGCACAAAAAUAAGAUCAAGUGGCAAUGAAAUUGCAGAAAUGAAUAAAAAUAAAACAUUGUAAUAGACAUUGUAAAUAGACAUUGUAAUUUCAAACACAUAGCAACAUUCUGAUCAGUGUGAUCGUUUACAUGAAUAUCAGUGAUACAAAAGAAAGGAAAGAUAAAAACAUAAUUCAUGACUUAAUACAAAUCUAAUAUAUAAUUUGUUGUGACACCACAAACAAUAAUAAAUAAGCCUGAAAUAUUUGUUAACCUUUUUCUUUUGUUCCAAUGUGAUGUUUGAUCUAGCUGUCUUGUUUGAUUAUCCUUAUUGCCCACUGAAGAAAAGUGCAUUUUGAUGGGUGAUAUCAAUUGUUUAUCCCUUAGUUUAAUUCUAAAUAGUUUACUUUUUAUCUCAUGAGACAGUAUGAUGUCAUCCUUUAAUGAAUUUGCAUUUCUUGGAAUCUUUUGUAUCUUUUUCUAUUUUAUUAUUUAUUAUUAUUUUUUUUUUAUUAUUAUUUUUAUUUUGCAUAAAAUGCGUAUGCCAUGUAAAUUGAUUUUUUUGUACAAAUCAGAAUUCUUGUACAAUUUUAUAUUAAAGAUUUAUCAGUCACUGGCA